CUUGAGGAGAGCAUUACGGAGUAAAGAGUUGCAUAACCUGACUGCGCCCACUCGGAGACUAGCCCGAGGGGGCCAGGAAUGGAUUCUGGUUAACCUGAACAUCCCUCUGUGGGUGCUGUUUGAAAACCUAGAUGAAGAUUGAAUCGCAGCCUCCUGGGCUGUCUAUGUCUAUGCUGAUGAUGCUAACUGAAUUAUGAUAGCCCAACAGUCCGGAAACGCACUGCCAAUAUUUCAAUUGCACGCUCAGCAUGGCGUCUGCCACAGACAUCAUCACUUACGUGGGUGUUCCGCUGGCCGUCCUCGGCGUGUUACCCAUCCUCUACACUUUUAUGCUCGCGGUCCUCACACAACGACGGAUCCGCGCUUCAUUGCUCAGACACGGUCACCGACCAGUCAGCAGGACCCGCCCCAACGAUGGUUUUACCAUUCGAAGUUCUCCCAUGACAAGUCUCAUCGAGGUGGAAUUGCCUAGAUACACCAUUGCACCACUGGAGAGAAACCAUGACGACUACUGGAAGUCUACCGACUCGGGUGAGGAUCAGACGGAGGAAGAUCACAGACUGCUAGGAAGGGCGGAAACUACAAUGAGCAUGAUGGAGGAAGGCCGCGUAUUGGGGUUCCUCCGUGGUGGCAGUUGGAGGGCGUUCCACUGGAAGAGGUUGAUCGUAGGCAGAAAACUGUAUAGGAUACAAUAUGAAGAUGAGCUUCGCGAACCACCUGCCGAGACUGAAUUUUCUGAACUCGUCCAUUUCCUGCUCGACUGGGGUGCUAUACCUGACGCAAUGGGUUGGGAAAAACUCAAGUCGGGCGGAUUGUGGACUCCUGCUGGAACGAUCCUUCUACGCAAGCCAGGAGAUGAGGAAGACAAGACGGGAAGGAAUACAGACUGGGUGUUGAGAACAACCGUGCCAGAUGAGAGCGACGGAAUCCUGAGUGUCACCAUCCGAUGGACGAAAGAAAUGGCUGCAUUGGCAAAUACCCGAGGCGUCGCGAGUCUGCCUCCAGGCUGGGGACGACUCGACCAGCCCCAACAACUCGAGCCACGGGACAAGCUCAAGGAGGAAACCAAAGAUCUACCAUCUCGAAUCGAGGAAAUGAAAGCCGCAGACAAAUACAGCAUGGAUAGCUCGAGUCUUCGGUUCCGAACAGAAGAUAACCGCGUGCAACGAGUCCACUGGGAACAAAAGCACAUUGAGACAGGUUUUAUCAGUGAACCCUUUCCAACAUAUGAACGGUCGAUGGCAUCUCUCUGGUUCACAUGUGCAUCAUCAGCCUUACUAUCCCGCAAACAGUCCAACGGCGGCCUGUGGGCAUUUGACAUCCCAGCGGACGUUCGAACAUUUGUCCGUAAAGAGUCGAUCCCCUGCGGCAUCCUAGUAACACUAGGCAUCCUCGCCGAAACAGACGCGCCGCAAUGGUCGUCGGAACCGGAGAGCGCAUUACGUGAUGCGACAAUCAACAUGUCGAACAAGCACUUGCAACGUUUCCAGGCACGAGUUGCUGCCGAACGACUCGAAGCCACCAUGGCCCCUGAGCAAGCGAGAAUACACCGCAUGAACCGAGAAGCGGCCGAGCGACGCGAUCAAAUGAACGAUAUGACUGAGUCGUUCCGGGCCCGUGAAGAGCGCAUCGAGCGUCGCCUUCAAGAAGCAAUCGGGAGUCCCCGCAUGAGCAUCAAGGCCGUCUCCGAGGCAUGUCUCGCUUGGCUGAUCCAACAAGGCGAAGUAGGUCGCGAGUGGACGGUGGACCAAGUUGCUGAGGCUGUGCUCUAUCUCCUUGUGGUCGACCGAAGCAGCAACGACGAAGGUGAGGCAAAGAAAAUCUCCAAGAUCCUCGACGAGUGGCAGUCCUGGGCCGCAGCGGGAGGCAUGAAGAAGCAACAAGUAAAACUGCUCGAGGAGAAUAAGACGGCGUUUUGCUUUGCUGCAGCCCUUGUAGCUAUUGUGAGCGAGAGUACGGAAUCCAACACCGGCCACGGAAAGGGGGGUGCAGAUAUGUUGGAGUGCUUGAGACUAUGGCGAAAGGUGCGCCUAGGAUGAGGAAGAACUUGUCCUUGUAACAUAGUGUACCACGUAACGAUCUUACCCUAUUCAAUGAUUGCAGUCGCUGUGUCCUUACC